UGGUGUUGGUGGCGGUGUUGGUGGUCUUGGUGGUUGUGUUGGUGGUGUUAGUGAAGGUGUUUUUGUUCUUGGAGGUGGUGUUGGCGACAUUGGUAGCAUUGGUGUUGGUGUUGGUAUUGGUGUUGGUGGUCUUGGUGGAUGUGUUGGUAGUCUUGGUGGUUGCGGUGGUGGUUUUGGUGGCAUUGGUGGUGGUUUGUAUUGGUGCAUUGGUGUUGGUGUUGGUAUUGGUGUUGGUGGUCUUGGUGGAUGUGUUGGUAGUCUUGGUGGUUGCGUUGGUGGUUUUGGUGGCAUUGGUGUUGGUGUUGGUGGUUUUAGUGGUGGUUUUAGUGGUGGUGUUAGUGGUCUUGGUGGUUGUGUUGGUGGUUCUGGUGUUG